AUGAUCAAGAUCUACGAGGACGGCCUAUGCACGCCGACGAUUUUGAAGUGGAAAGAAGGCGAUGAGGUGCUGAUCUCGGACCCGAUCGGCGACUGGGACCUCUCGGAAUGGCUCGUCGCCGACGAUCUGCUCGUAUUGGCGGCCGGAAGUGGGUGGACGCCGAUGGUGGAGCUGCUGCGGCGAAAGCUCGAGCUCAACGACUCGGCCAAAAUUUCCGCCUUCUACUUCAACAAAUCUGAGCGCGAUAUCGUCGACGACGGUUGGAUGCCCUUCCGAUGGCACGAUAAGCGGAUAAAGAUCACCCAUGUUCUUUCCCGGUCGACAGAUGAAUGGAAGGGCAUUAAGGGAAGAAUAUCAAAAGAGUUAUUCGAGGACCACACCUCCCAAAAGUCGACUCAACGCGUAAUCGUCUGUGGCCCCGACGGCUUUAUUCAAUCGGCGCUAAGUAUACUAGCCGACCUCGACUACGCCGUCGACCAAGUGCACGUAUUCCAGGGC